CCCCCCAGCUCCCUCCCCCCCCUUUGUUAGCUGGCGAGAGGAACGAACAGCUGGUUUAAGCCGGGGGAAUAGGGCCCCUUCUCCUUUCUGUGCCAAAUCCCGGACGAUGGUGAAUUAUGAACGUGCCACAUCAUGAAGCUCUUGUGGCAGGCAACUCUGCACCACACCUGGAAUGCUGCCCUGCUCUCCGUCGUCUACCUCACGGCGCAGGUGUGGAUUCUGUCUGCAGCAGCUGCCUGGGCUGGGGCCUCGAACUGCCCCUCCGUCUGUUCCUGCAGUAACCAGUUCAGCAAGGUGGUGUGCACACGCCGCGGCCUGGCCGAGGUCCCUCAGGGCAUCCCUUCCAACACCCGCUAUCUCAACCUCAUGGAGAACAACAUCCAGCUGAUCCAAGCAGACACCUUCCGGCACCUGCACCACUUGGAGGUCUUGCAGCUGGGCAGGAACUCCAUCCGCCAGAUCGAGGUGGGGGCUUUCAAUGGGCUGGCCAGUCUCAACACCCUGGAAUUGUUUGACAACUGGCUGACCGUCAUCCCGAGCGGGGCCUUCGAGUACUUGUCCAAGCUGCGGGAGCUGUGGCUCAGGAACAAUCCCAUUGAGAGCAUCCCGUCGUACGCCUUCAACCGGGUCCCGUCCCUCAUGCGCUUGGACCUGGGUGAGCUCAAGAAGCUGGAGUACAUUUCUGAGGGGGCUUUUGAGGGAUUAUACAACCUGAAGUACCUUAAUCUUGGGAUGUGUAACAUUAAAGACAUGCCGAACCUCACGCCCCUGGUGGGGCUGGAGGAACUGGAGAUGUCGGGGAACAACUUCCCUGACAUCAAGCCAGGAUCUUUCCAUGGGUUAAAGUCUCUCAAGAAGUUGUGGAUUAUGAACUCCCAGAUCAGCCUGAUUGAGCGGAACGCGUUCGACGACCUCACCUCGCUGGUGGAGCUCAACCUGGCCCACAAUAACCUGACCUCGUUGCCACACGACCUUUUUGCCCCCCUGAGAUACCUGGUGGAGUUGCACUUGCACCACAACCCCUGGAGCUGCGACUGCGACAUCCUGUGGCUCUCCUGGUGGCUGCGGGAGUACAUCCCCACCAACUCCACCUGCUGCGGGCGCUGCCACGCCCCGAUGCACAUGAGGGGCAAGUUCCUGGUGGAGGUGGACCAGACCUCCUUCCAGUGCUCCGCACCCUUUAUCAUGGACGCCCCCAUGGAUCUAAACAUCUCUGAAGGACGAGUGGCGGAGCUCAAGUGCCGAACUCCCUCCAUGUCCUCCGUGAGGUGGUUGCUGCCUAACGGGACCGUUCUGAGCCACGCGUCCAACCACCCACGGAUAUCUGUCCUCAAUGACGGGACCUUGAACUUCUCCCAUGUUUUGCUAACGGACACCGGGGUUUAUACAUGCAUGGUCACCAAUGUGGCAGGGAACUCCAAUGCCUCGGCCUACCUCAACGUGAGCACGGCCGAGCUCAACACUUCCAACUACAGCUUCUUCACCACUGUCACGGUGGAAACCACAGAGAUCUCCCCCGAAGACAUCUCCCCAAAAUUCACUAAACCAGUGCCAACGACUUCGACAGGGUACCAGCCGGCGUACACCACCACCACGACGGUGCUGAUCCAGACCACCAAAACGCCCAAGCAGGUGGCAGUGCCCACCGCGGACACUAACGACAAAAUGCAGACCAGCCUGGACGAGGUGAUGAAGACCACUAAGAUCAUCAUCGGCUGCUUCGUGGCGGUGACGUUGCUGGCGGCGGCCAUGCUGAUUGUCUUUUACAAACUUCGCAAGCGGCACCAGCAACGCAGCACGGUGACGGCCGCCCGGACCGUGGAGAUCAUUCAGGUGGACGAGGACCUGCCGGCGGCAUCAGCGGCUCCGCCCAGUGUAUCAGGUGAGGGGGCAGUUGUGCUGCCUACAAUUCAUGACCAUAUUAACUACAACACCUACAAACCGUCACAUGGGGCCCACUGGACAGAAAACAGCCUGGGGAAUUCGCUACACCCCACGGUAACCACUAUCUCUGAACCUUAUAUAAUUCAGACCCACACCAAGGACAAAGUACAGGAAACUCAAAUAUGACUUUUUUCAGAAAUUAUACAUGCAAUAGAAUGCACAAAACAAGACAGCAACUUUUGUACAGAGUG